CUGGAUGCGGGGAACGACGGCAGCAUCCGGAUCCAGGUGAGUGGUGGUGGGACCGGCGUCUGGGUUCUUCGGAAGGGUUGGGGACGGGUGGAUGGGAUGGGAUCCAUUCUUCCGUUUCUCGCGCAGCAGCUUCGCCUACGUCGACUUCCAAUGCCCCUCCCACAAGGCCCUGGCCAAGCUCUUCUCCACCUACAAUGGGUGCAAAUGGAAAGGAGGGAAGCUUAAACUUGAGAAGGCCAAGGAGCACUACCUCGUCCGACUGAAGCGAGAAUUGGAGCAGGAAGCCGCGGCGGCGGCGGCAGCUGCUCAAGAAAUGCCUGCGAAAGAUGAUAUGGACAAGCAGGAGGAGAAGGAGAAGCGGAAGCUGGAGAAGCAUGCUCUGGAAACUUCAAAGGUUAACAUCUACUUCCCGAGAUUGAGGAAGCUGAAACCUUUGCCCUUUAAAGGCAGUGGAAAGCACAAAUACAGUUUCAGAAAUAUUGAAAUCCCUUCCUACCCUCAUUUCUGCGAUUGUGAGGAGCACUGUGGACCUCCUGAGAAAGCCAAUGAAGAAUAUGUUGUUGUUCUUAAUCGUGUUGCGUUUCACAAGGAGCGCAACAUCAUGAAUUAUGUGAUGAGUAAGCUCUUUGAGAAGGAAACUGAGCAAAUCAAUUCGUCGGAAGUGCAGAAAGGAGAUGCUCAGACAGACCCCUCUGAUGCUGAGGCAAAACCCUCUAAUACUGAGACAGAACCCUCUGAUUCCGACAAUGAUUUGCGAAUUAAAGAAACAACAGAAAGUCCUAAAGAAGAUUUGGAUGAUCUCCAAAUGGAAGAAACAGAUGAUCCUUCCGAAGAAGAAUUGGAUGAUGACCUUGUGAUCAAUAUUGCUCCUCGUAAGGCCAAUAACUCAGCUGUCCAGUUAAACAGGGCAAACCAAGCAGUGAAUAAGGUAUGCGUAUUGCAGUUACUUGCCUGAAUAAUU